AUGAAACCGGCCCUCUGGGCACUUGCUCCCCUCGUGGGAACCGGCGUGUCGCUGACUGACUUCGACGACUGGGCGCACCAACGUGUGGCCCUCGAAGACGUGUCGAUCCACCUUCGCUACGCUGGCAGCGGGCCGCCGCUGCUGCUCGUGCACGGAAACCCCCAGUUCAGUCUGACCUGGCGCAUCAUCGGGCCCAUCCUUGCUGAGAAGUUCACUGUUAUUGCGCCUGACAACCGCGGCGCCGGCGACUCGUCGCUGCCUCGCGACGGCAACUACAGCGCCACGGCCGGCGCGGCUGACCUCAAGGGCGUGCUCGACUUUCUCAACAUCACCGAGACGUACGUCUUCUCGCACGACAAGGGCGCCGGUAUGGCCCUGGCUCUGGCUGCGGCCCAUCCGUCGCUGGUAAAGAGGCUCGGCGUGGCCGAGUAUCCCUUGCCGGGGUUCGGGUACGAGCAGUUUUCCGGGCCAGCGCCGUACUGGGACCUGUACGCCAACUGGCAGCUGGCCUUCUUCAGCGUUCCCGACGCUGCCGAGUUCUUUAUCCGCGGCCGCGAGAAGGAGAUGCUCGAGUGGUACUUCUUCCAUGGCAGCUACUCGGGCGUCACCGCCUUCGCCGAGGACACGGUCAACCGCUAUGCCACCUCCAUCUCGAAGCCGGGCUUCCUGCGCGCCAUGUUCGGCCCCUUUGAGAACAGUAUCAUCGCCGCCGAUUCCAGCUUCUUCAGGGGCGUCCUCGCCGAGAAGCCGCUCGAUGUGCCACUGCUCGGUCUCGGCGGUGAGGCCAGCCUCGGUUUCUUGACCCAAUUGGCUUACCAAAACAUCUCGUCGAAUCUCGAGGCAGACGUCGUCCCCAAGGCCGGACACUGGAUUGCCGACGAGAACCCCGUCUGGGUCGCCAACCGCAUCGCCCAGUUUCUGGCAAAGGACAAAUCUCCGCUUGCAGCUGUCAACCUGAGCAGCCUCGCAGACCGUGUGACACUGACGGUGGGAGCAUUUGGGACGCUGGCUAAUGCUCGUCUUUCGGGGGCGCUGUGA